CAUUUAUAUAUGAUCACUAAUUCGCCUUCUUGGUUAGCAGAGAAAAGUUGCUAAGAUGUUGAAGCAAACAAGUAUCAUGAAACUACUGUUGCUCUUUCUGCUUUCCUUUGGCAUAGUUAAAUCGGAUAGUAAUUUGGACUAUGAUGAAGAUGAGGAAUCUACAGCCACAACACUGGCUGAAGGUGAAGGUGAGGGAGUGGAUGCCCGAGGUCACAGGCCACUUAACAAAAAGCGGGAGCCAUUUCCAUCUCUCAGACCAGUGGCUCCUCCUCCCAGUGGAGGCGUUAGAUACCGACCUCGUCCAACAAAACCACCUGUUGCAGGCCAAAAGUACAAGCCAGUAGUUUUCCUUGAUAGUGGAGGCUGCAAACAUGCAUCAGAAGAACUGGGAGUACUAUGUCCAACUGGAUGUGAGCUGCGAACAGAGCUGUUAAAACAGGAGAAGUCAGUGAAACCAACUGUUCAGGAUCUACAGAAAAAAGUGAAGAGACUACAACAGUCCUCUUCAUCUAUCUAUAGCUAUGCUAAUCUGCUGGACGAACGCUUAGCAAAAAGGCAAAAACAAAUAAGAGAUAAUCAGAAUGUAAUUUCUCAGUACAACAAGGAAGUUGAAGAACAUUACACAUUCAUCAAAGAUAAUCUGGAUAACAACAUCCCAAGUAACCUAAAAGUACUUCGUGGAAUUGUGGAUAUUUUGCAUCAGAAAUUAUUAAAACUAGAAAAUGCUAUCACAACCCAGCUGGGAGAAUGCCGUACUCCUUGUACUGUUUCAUGUAAUGUACCAGUGGUAUCAGGAAAAGAAUGUGAAGACAUAAUCAGGAAAGGAGGUGAAACUUCACAGAUGUACCUUGUCCAGCCAGAUCCUUUCUUCAAACCAUACAAGGUUUAUUGUGACAUGACCACAGAUAAUGGAGGUUGGCUUCUUAUUCAGAACCGCCAAGAUGGCAGUGUUGGCUUUGGAAGAACAUGGGACUCGUAUAAAAAAGGUUUUGGAAAUGUUGCAUCCAGUGGUGGAAAGAAUUAUUGUGACACUCCUGGUGAAUAUUGGCUUGGAAAUGACAAAAUCAACCAGCUUACCAAACUGGGACCAACAGAACUUCUUGUCGAGUUGGAAGAUUGGGAUGGAGCUAAGGUUAAAGCACAGUAUGGAGGAUUCAGCAUUCAGGGUGAAGCAAACAAGUAUCAGCUGUCAGUUAGUAACUAUCGGGGAACAGCUGGAAAUGCCUUUCUGGAAGGAGCUUCACAGCUACUAGGCGAGAACAGAACGAUGACAAUCCACAAUGGCAUGUUCUUCAGCACUUUUGACAGAGACAAUGAUGGAUGGGUAAAUCCAGAUCCCAAAAAACAGUGUUCGAAGGAAGAUGGUGGAGGCUGGUGGUACAAUCGCUGUCAUUCAGCCAAUCCAAAUGGCAGAUACUACUGGGGUGGAUAUUAUACCCCAGAGAUGGCAAAACAUGGAACAGACGAUGGAAUUGUAUGGAUGAACUGGAAGGGAUCUUGGCACUCAUUGAAGAAAGUGAGCAUGAAGAUUCGGCCAGUUUCCCAACCAUCAUGAUGAUUAUUUAAAUAAAAUAUGGCAGGAUUUUGUGUUCCUUUCUGUUUCAUGACAUUUGAGCUUUACAGGAAAACAACAAACUCUGUCAUGUUUAUAUGGGUAAAAUGCAUUGUGAUUGAAAGCAAAAAUAGAUAUUAAUUUACCAACCCCAUUAAAACAACUUGCAAAUCUCA